AUGCCACCAUUGUUGCUUUCAAGUUAUAUCGAGAAGAAUUCUUGUAAUGAUACUUUUGUUGAUGAAAUACGUGUAAGGAACUUUUUCCUAUUUGUCACAGCUAAAAUUUUUAUCUUGCAAAGUGCUGAAUUCGCAUUAUCUUUAACUGUUCCGUCAGAUAAAAUCUCAUUUUCACUGCAAUUAACAGUCCCUACCAUUCUUCAAAGGCAGAAGCUGGAAAAAAGUUUUGUUGCCUGGUUAGUUGUUAUAAGAUGGCUGCUGUGUAAAGCAAGCACUGCAGAAAUCCCUAAUCUUUCAUCUUUAGUUAUUUCUGUCAACCGUGCUUCACGUACAGAACCGAAGCUACGGGAUUAUGCUAGAAUACCCACAAAAAUGGGUGGGGUGGGGUUUUUUGGGACUACUGUAUCUUCCUUCUCGGGGUGGAAGGUGCCCACAAUCAUUGUCGAUCCUUCUCUUCCAUUGAAGGUCCCUGAAAAAUGGGGAAGAUCUUGGCCAAACAAAGUUCUUCUUUCAUCGACCAACAUCAUUUAUUUUAACCCAUGCGUGCAUCAAAGUUUUCAUUCUUACAAAGGAUUCAUUGUAGGAAAUGCAGUAACAGACAACUACCAUGAUAGCAUUGGCACGGUUUCAUAUUGGUGGAGCCAUUCUAUGAUAUCAGAUAGAACAUACAAUUCGAUUAUCAAAUCAUGCGAUUUCAAGUCAGUUAACUCAUCCCAGAAAUGCGAUGACGCUGUAAAUUACGCUAUGAAUCAUGAAUUUGGCGACAUUGAUCAAUACAGCAUCUACACAACAUCUUGCAAGGCAAUGCAGGAUAGUACCAAGCAUUCUAUGAGGCUUAAGAACACUCUAUUACGCCCAAGGUUUUCUGGGUACGACCCAUGUACUGAGAAUUAUGCAGAGAAAUACUAUAAUCGACCAGACGUACAGAAGGCUAUGCACGCAAAUACGACAGGGGUACCAUAUAAAUGGACUGCUUGCAGCGACGUACUUAUAAGGAACUGGAAAGACUCCGAGGUUUCAAUGCUGCCUACCUACGAGAAGCUGAUUGCUGCUGGGCUUAGAAUAUGGGUUUUCAGCGGCGACACAGAUUCAGUAGUACCAGUUACCGCAACUCGAUUUUCCUUGAGCCAUCUAAAUCUCAAAGUCAAAACUCCAUGGUAUCCUUGGUACUCUGCCAGUCAGGUUGGAGGGUGGACAGAGGUUUAUAAUGGGCUAACAUUUGCCACAAUUAGAGGAGCAGGACAUGAAGUACCAUUGUUUCAGCCUAGGAGAGCUUUUAUUCUUUUUAAGACAUUCUUGGCCGGCAAAGAUUUGCCAAAAUCUUCAGCAGUUUCAUAGUUUUAAGAAUGUUCGAAUGCUAGUACAAGAUCAUCAUAACCAGUUUAUCCUUGGUAGAGGUUACCAGAAUAGAGGUUAUUCAAUUCAUAUUGUAGUUAAAGAUAUAAUUCUUCAUUGUUGUCAAGCUUCCAUUACAACUUGAGUUGUGUGUCAUAUGACUCAUUUUUUACAAGACUAGUUCCGAGUAUGUCGUAUCUUCGAUGCGCUAGAUGAUGGAAUGUUGAUGAUAAGAAUGUGGACAAGAAUAAUUGAAGAACG